AUGGGGAUGCGAGCCAUCAUCGACGCGCUGAAGGCGAACGGCACGUACGGCGUCGCGCAGUGUCUCUUCAUCACGAUCGCGUUCGUCGGGGGCCUGUACAUUUGGCCGCCGUCGCCGCAUCCGCGCGAUUCCCCGCACACGAUCAAAAGACGAUUCUUGAGCCUCGCGAUGACGCUCGCGAUGUGUUGGGUGCCCACGUACGUCUGCAUCAGGGACGAGCACUCGCGAGGGAGCCGCGCGGCGAACCUCGCCGGGACUUUCCACGUCCUGGGGCUGGGGCGCCCGGACGCGGACGCCAUCGACGCCGUCGUGGACGCGGUGCUCAGCGUCGCGUGCGUGAUGUACCUCACCGCCGCGCUCUUCUUGGGGCCGCUGACGCACCUGGCGCUGGACGGGAAGCUCGUCUCCACCUUCGCCGACGCGUUCAGAAUCGACACGGUGUUGAAACUGAGGAACUACGUCGUCGCCCCGGUGUCGGAGGAGUUCGCGUUCAGAGCGUGCAUGGCGCCGCUGUUGAUCCUGUGCGGCCGCUGGUCGGCGCCGGCGGCGCGGAUCUUCACGCCGAUGCGCGCGACGUGGACGUGCCCGGUGUUCUUCGGGCUCGCGCAUCUGCACCACUUCGGCGAGGCGUGCGCGCGCUUCGGUGUCCUCGUCGCGGUGGUGAGCGUCGUCGCGCAGUUCACGUACACCGUCGUCUUCGGGUGGUUCGCCGCGUUCACGCUGUUGCGCACGGGGAGCAUCGCGGGGGCGAUGGCGUCUCACGCGUUUUGCAACGUGGUGGGUUUUCCCGACGUCGAAGGGGCCGUAGCGCACGAGAGGAAGGCGGUCGUGCUCGCCGCGUACGCGUGCGGGAUCGCGCUGUUCACCGCGGGGUUGUGGAGGGUCACGGACCCGGACUUGCACCACGCGAGCUUGUGGGAGGAGUGGAGCGCGCUGUGA